UCAUUUGAAUAAUCUGAAGUGAGUUUCUUAAAAUGUUCGUAACAACUAUCUGGAUCAGGUAGAAUGUCUAUAUUAUUAUCUGAUAAUUGCAGUUGUUUUAUUAGAUACCAACAUUUUUGUUGAUCACCAUUUAUAUGAUUUUCAAUUUGUGAUAUUAUAUUUUGUUUAUAUUGACGAGCUUUAUAUUUACAUAGGCGUUUAUAUGCUUUUUUUGCGGAGUAAAACCUUUCAAGAAAUAUUCUGUUAUUGGGAUAUUCUUGCAUGUUUUUACAAGCAGUAAGUGCAGAAAAUUUGUAUUCUUUGCAUGCCUGAUCAAACCAUUUCCGCUUACGUUUAGGUUUAUUUGAAGAUUUAACCAAAGUCAUGGACUUUAGGCUUAUGGUGGAAAGAACUACCUUCAUAUCAGCUUCUGCUUUAUUAACACCUUCCUUAUCAUUGCUAUAGUUAUUCAUUAUAAAGGAUUUUAGAAGAGAAUCAACAUCUGGACAUUGAAUAGAACAUAUAGCCUUUGCUUGACUUUCUUCAGUCCACUUAAAUCUACCUGGUAUGACGUUGUUAAAGCUGAAUGUCAUAUUGGCAGUCACUGUGGUGAUAUUUUCCACCAGUCACACCGCUGCUAAUAAAGAUGUCAAAUUAGCACUGUCUGGUUCAGCACCAUAUGGAAUACUGAAUCAACAUUUUGUCUUCACUUGCACCGUGUCAAAUGCAGCUGCUGCCGACCAGUAUUUUGUGUAUUUGCGCUGUUCUAAGACGGUAUAUAAAUAUCAUUGUAUAUGGCAGGUCGGUGAUGAGUGCAGACAAAGUCCAACUUUUAUGCCAGCUUGGAUACGUGAUCGGUACUAUAGUGUUUGUGGAUAUGGCAUAAAGAAACCCAAGUCGAAUGUGAGGAAAUAUCAGUUCGUUAUAAAAUCAGUAACGAAAAUGGACAGAAAUCAGUGGUGGUGUGAGAUGCAAGGUCUGACGUAUAAAAAGAACAGCAACACAAUCAUUCUGACAGUACACCCUUUCAAAGUAGCACUGUCAGCUUCAGCACCAUAUGGAAUACUGAAUCAACGUUUUGUCUUCACUUGCACUGUGUCAAAUGCAGCUACUGUCGACAAUUAUUUUGUAAAUUUGCGCCGUUCUAACUCAGGAUAUAAAUAUCACCGUAUAUGGCAGACUGGUGAUGAGUGCAGACAAAGUCCAACUAUUAUGCCAACUUGGAUACAUGAUCGGUACUAUAGUGUUUGUGGAUAUGGCACAAAGAAACCCAAGUCGAAUGUGAGGAAAUAUCAGUUCGUUAUAAAAUCAGUAACGAAAAUGGACAGAAAUCAGUGGUGGUGUUUGCUGAAUAUUAGUGAUAUAUAUCAUGAAGCUGACAGCAACACAAUCAAUCUCACAGUACAAUUUCUCAAGGUGUCCUUGCGCAUGACGUCCUCAGCACCUGUGCUGGGUAAACCGCUGACCCUGAUCUGUGAGGUGGAAAACACUAUCAAUCUCAACGCUACAGUCCAGUUCAUUAAGAGGAAAUUUAAAAAGGCGAGUGUUGUCGGCAUACUGCAUCAGGAACACUCGAAGUGCUCACAAAUCGGAGACACAACCAGAGGUUAUAACCCCAAGUGUGGGAUAGCAACAAACCGAGCCAACUCUAACAUUAAAUUGUACGUUAUGGAGAUAGCCCGAGUAUCAUCUCAUGAUAGCACAGAGUGGAUUUGUUCCAUAAAAACCCCAGACACUGACCAGUACAUCAAUAACUCGCUAAUAUUUCGUCUGACAUUAUGGCAAGAUCUCACUGCGUCCCUUUCUACGAGACCCCAUCAACCUGUGUAUAAGAACAUGUUUAUUCUGACCUGUAAACUGACAAACGCUGCUGUUAUUAAAGCUACAAUUCAGUUCAGGAAAAAUACCAGUGCAGCUCUUAAUCUUAUAGGAACGCUGUACCAGCAUUAUGACAAAUGUAAGAUAUCCAAGGACACAUUCAGAGGUUAUACGGCCAAGUGUGGAAAAGGAACAGACUCCGGCCCCUCGGACACUAAGGUGUAUGUUAUAGAGAUCGCCAAAUUAUCACUUCGUGAUAACGGAGUUUGGUUUUGUUACGUACAAGACGAAGAGAGUAGCAAGUCCGUCACAAGCAGAAGUUUUAAAAUAUGCAGCCCACUUUGUGAUCAUGGCACUCUUCAACAAUAUUCUUGCACAUGUGAUUGUGAAAAACCCUGGAUUGGAGAGGAAUGUGAAAUAUGCAACUUACAAUGUAAACAUGGCAGAGUUCGUAAUGAUACCUGCACAUGUGAUUGUGGGGAAUACUGGACUGGAGAAAACUGUGAAAUACAUGUAUGCAACUUACACUGUGAUCAUGGCAUUCUUCUGCAAGAUUCUUGCACAUGUGUUUGUGAAAAACAUUGGAUUGGAGAGGAAUGUGAAAUAUGCAACAUACAAUGUACACAUGGCAGAGUUCAUAAUGAUACCUGCACAUGUGAUUGUGGGGAAUACUGGACUGGAGAAAACUGUGGUACAGAAAUUAAGAAAAGUGACCGUAAUGGACCUACUUCAGCAAUUAAGGUUCCAGAGCGUAUUACUGAUGGUCCUUCUUGGAGUUAUUAUAGCAGCUGUCGUGCUUUCUGUGCUAUUAGUUGCAUCUGUUGCAUCCACGUGGAUAUUUCUCAAGAAGAAACGUUAAAAUCAGAAAACUCAAGAUCGCCAGAAAUCAAUAUUUGAUGGAUCUUUACAAAGUGGAAUUCACAACCCUGCCUUCUCAAGUGAAGUAAAAUAGUACCCCAGUACGAAAGACAAAAGGACAAGCCACCAACAAUUUAACAGUGUCUGACUUUUCGUACGGAAACAAGCUUAGAUUAGAUUAAGAUAUUUAACAAUUUCUCCUCUUUUUUUUCUGUAUCGUAUUCAAUGCUCAAUGCUAUAUAGUGAAAAGAAUGACAAUUUCCAUUUGGCCAUCAGAUUGAAGUCAUGCAUCAUAACAUUUUCACUUGUACUUUGACUGUGUUCACAAACAUCAUUCUAGUAUAUCAUAGGAAUAUUCUAUGAUACAUUUGACCUGUGGCAAUUUGUAUCUGAACGAAGUUCGAGCCCUGUCACCAGUGUGUUUUAGAAUUAAAUUAAUGUGGUGAAA